AUGAUUGAAGAUCCAGAAAAUUCCGAAACCGACAUGCAACGUGCAGAUCAUCCACGUGAAUCGCUUUCAUCAGAUGCAGAAAUACGAAAAAGAAAUAUAAAAACAAAACGCGAACCAGGCCAUCGUAUAUUCGUCAAUCGAAGUUUGCAAUUGGAUCGAAUAAAAUUCUAUGGCUUCGAUAUGGAUUAUACAUUAGCAUUGUAUAAAUCACCUGAAUUUGAAGAAUUAACAUUUCAACAAGUACUCGAAACAUUAAUCGAACUUGGAUAUCCUGAACAAAUUCGGGAAUUUGUCUAUGAUCGAACAUUUCCAUUAAGAGGUCUUUGGUAUGAUAAAUUAUAUGGAAAUAUACUUAAAGUUGAUGCUUAUGGGAAUAUUCUUACUGUUGUACAUGGCUUUAAAUUUCUUAAUGGACAUGAAGUUCGUCAAAUGUAUCCAAAUAAAUAUAUUACUGUCGAUGAUCGUGUCUAUGUAUUUUAUACACUUUUUAAUUUACCAGAAAUUUAUCUGAUUGCGUGCUUAAUUGAUUAUUUUUCUACAGUGGCAACAUAUGUUGAAAAUCGUACUGGUGUUAUCUAUGGACAAAAUAUUCUUUCAUUUCGUGCUAUAUUUAAUGAUGUUCGUAAUUCAAUUGAUCGUGUUCAUCAACGAGAUAAAUUGAAAGAAACUGUUUGCGAAAAUAUUGAAAAAUAUGUUCAUAAAGAUCCUCAAUUACCAGUAUUAUUGGAUCGAAUUCGUUCACAUAAUGCAAAAACAUUUUUAUUAACCAAUAGUGAAUAUUGGUAUACAAAUAAUUUAAUGACUUAUUUAUUAACAAUUUAUGCUGAUGAUUCCAAAACAAUAAAACGUGAUUGGAAGUCAUAUUUUGAUUAUAUAUUAGUUGAUGCACAAAAACCAUUAUUUUUCGCUGAAGGUACAACAUUGAGAAUAAUUGAUCCAGCUACAGGAAGCAUGAAAUUGGGUACAUAUGCUGGACAAUUGCAACAGAAUGAAGUUUAUAGUGGAGGUUCAUGUGAAGUUGUUUCGAAAUUAAUUGGUUCAACGGGUAAAGAUGUUUUAUACGUUGGUGAUCAUAUAUUUGGUGAUAUAAUCAAAUCGAAAAAACAAAAAGCAUGGAGAACAAUGCUUGUUGUACCUGAAUUAAAUCAUGAAUUAAAAGUUUUCCAUGAUAAAAGAGAUUUAUUCAAUACAUUAGAAGCAUUAGAUACAUCAAUUAGCGAAUUACUUCGAUCAUUCGAUAUGACAUCUAAUCAUGGACCUGAUGCUGUUUCAAAAAUAAAACAUAAAAUACAAGAAUGUACCCAUGAACUUGAUAUGAAUUUUGGUCUGUUAGGUUCUUUAUUUCGAACAGGUUCGCGACAAACACAUUUUGCUUCUCAAGUAACACGUUAUGCUGAUAUUUAUGCUUCCACAGUCAUCAAUCUUGUUUAUUAUCCAUUUUUCUAUUUUUUUCGUGCCGUUCCACAAUUGAUGCCUCAUGAAUCAACGGUUGAUCCAGAAGAACCCAUGCAUUUCAAAUCAUGGGGUGAUGAAACAUCUGAAUCAGAUACAUCUGAUCAUCGUCGAUCAAUACAUGGUCAAGUAACAGCUAGUACACCACGUCUUAAUCAUACUUUACCAAUUCAAACACAUCCAGAUUUACCAUUACAUGUAACACAUGAUCAUGAUGAUGAUGGCGGUGACGAUGAUGAUGAUGAUGAGAAUGAGAAUGAGAAUGAAGAUAUAUCAACAACUGAUCCUGAUAUAGAUUUAAAUCUUCGUUCAAGAAUAACAUAUACACCACCAAAGAGAAAAGUCGAACAAAUAUCAAGUGGAGAUAAUAAAUGA